AUGGAGGAAGAAGAAGCUUCCACCAGUUCUGCAACACCGCCAACGAAAAUAAGACGAAUGUGCCAUUAUAAUAAAGACUGGGAAAAUAAAUAUUCUUGGAUAACUAAAGCCAACGUCGACACUAGAGCUUACUGUAAAAUUUGUAGAAAUGAAUUUGCUGUGGCUGAAGGUUUGAAGGGGGUGAACCAGCAUGCCAAGGGCGGAAAGUGCGCAAGCCAAGUCCCAAAGAAUGGACUCUUUCUUUACGCCUAA